UUUUUUUUUAAACAAACAUCCGGAAAUAACAUUAUCAAGGAAUUCAGCGAGACAUAAAAAACAAGAUGCAUACCCUCGACCUGUCUAUUCACCCAGUCACCUCGACUCUCAAGAUGCUUGCCAGCUUGCUAGAACGAAUUACUACCGCCAAUGACAAGAUCAAGCAAUCUUUGCCCGAGCCAGAGACACCACUCGUCAUGACUCCUGCCCAGCAUCAGAUCCAUACCUCGUUCACGCGCUUUCAUGCAAGGUCGAUUCCUUCCAUCAGUAUUAAUGCCUACCUCACUCGUAUUCUCAAAUACUGCCCUUGUGCAAACGAGUGUUUCCUCAGCUUACUUGUAUAUUUUGACAGGAUGGCUAGGAAUGUAGAGGAAAUCACAGGAGGCGAGGGGCGUCAGUUUUCAAUCGACAGUUACAAUAUCCAUCGUCUAAUCAUUGCUGGUAUCAUGGUCUCUGCAAAGUACUUUUCCGAUGUCUUUUUCACCAACUCCAGAUACGCAAAGGUCGGAGGUCUUCCUGUAUCAGAAUUGAACCAAUUAGAGGUCGAGUUUCUAACACUCAACAACUUUGCACUGGCCAUCUCUAUUGAAGAGCUUCAGACCUAUGGCGAUCAAUUGAUGAAGCAUUGGAUGUGCGAGGAGGUUGCCAAUAGAGAUCCAGAGGACGAGAGGCCUUCGCCAUCAAUGCCCGCUGCAUUACCUGCACCACCGCCAUCUGGCACUCAAGAUCAAUAUAGUGAUGAACCUGAGCUUGAUGGCCAAGGACAAUCAGAGCAAAGCUAUCAGAUAUCAAGACAUGUCUCGUCAAGACCACAGCAAAACCAUGACAAUGGUCGAAAAGAGCUGAAUAGCAGACAAGAAACUGAUCACAGAGCACAAACAGCAUCACAGUCUAGACAUGAUUAUAGACAUCAUGCUAAUGAACCCCGUCAUGAACAACACAGGCGAGAACAUCGGCCGGAACACACGCGUGAAUACAGACAAGAUCAUCACUCUUCAACUCAACAUCAGCAGCAAUAUGCUUCUCAUUCGCAGUCGCAACACCAACAGCAUCUUCACAAGAAUGGCAGUAGUCGUCAAUACAAACAAGGUCAUGAUGCCGAAUACAGCUCAGACGGUGGCCGGUACCAUACAUCUCAACAGACACCGAUCACGCCAACAGAAAUGACCCAUGCCAAUCGACUUGCCGCACCCUCACCCAUUCAUUAGCAUGCAUACCACCAAUCUGUACAAGGAACAUAAUAAAUUCAAUCAUAU